AUGCAGAUACUAGACAUCAACCAGAAGGACUAUGACCAGAAACGUCCCGUGUACGAGGACAUCAAGAUCGAUACCGCGUUCCGGAAGAUAAGCCCACGCUCGAUCGGAUUCCACAUCUGGCGGAUCCAGAACGAUCACGUCGAGACGCUACCGAAAGAGCAGUACGGUACGUUCUACGAUGAGUGUACGUACGUCAUCUACGCAGCCUCGCUGGUGGGGACGGCUGGUUGCGAUAAAACCACGAUCAGUCGUGAGAUCAAAUCCCCUGGUGCCGUGAUAGAGCGCAACAUCCACUUCUGGCUUGGGGCGAACAUCAGCCCGGAACGCUCCAAAUCGGCGGCGUACAAAAUCAUCGAACUGGACAUGCACCUCGACCACAAGACGACACAGUUCCGCGAGUCGCAAGGACACGAAGGCAUACGCUUUCUGUCCUACUUCAAGGAGGAUGGCAUUGUAGUACAUUCCGGUAGUGAUGCGACUUCGACUCCACCGGAACCACGGUUGUAUCAGAUCUCCGGAACGGCUCCACAUCGUUGCGUGCAGCAGAAGGCGAUCAGCUGGCAGUGCUUCAACAGCGGUCAGGUGAUGAUCCUUCAGACAAGCACGAUCGUGUUCGUGUGGGUUGGUCGAUCGACGGGAUCUGUGGAAAGGAUCUUCGGGAUCAGGAUGGGUGAACGCUUCAAGAAGCAGUACGGAAUCUCGGAACUCGCGAUCGUCGAUGAUGGGUACGAACAGUCGAUGAACAGCGCCCGUAAGGACGUCUGGAAUGGGUUGCUUAACCUAUCGAAACGAUUCGUCAAACCAAUGCCCUUGGCAUCAACCACAACCGAUAUGCUGCUAAAGCUGUACCAGUGUGACACGGUAAACGGCGUGUUUCGGGUAGAACUCGUCAAAACUGGCACACUCGAUCAGUCGGAUCUGUACGGGCGCGAUAGCAUCUACAUCGUGGAUUACUUCCCACGAGCCAUCUGGAUCUGGAUCGGACGCAGCUCCCACAAACAGAACCGUGCCGAAGCGAUGCGUCACGUGCGAGGUUAUGUGAUCAAGAAGGGCUACCCGGCGAGUACUCCAGUGGCGCGUGUGAUCGAUGGGUUUGAACCGGCGGAGUUCAUCAGCUUGUUCCCGACGUGGACAAGCGCUGACAUCAACGGGAACACGGUGAAGGGCAUGUCGGAGAAGUUUGACGCAUUAACGCUGAUUCAGCGACCUCGAUUAGCCGCCAGGAUGCAGCUGAUGGACGAUGGAUCUGGUGAUAUGACGGUGUAUCAGAUCGGCAUCGAUGAGGUGAAGGAGAUCCCGGCGAAGUGCGCGAAAACGUUCUACUCGGGUAACUGUUACGCCGUGCACUAUGAGGUCGCGUGUAGUACGGAGCACGCGAAUGGAUCGCUACCGAACUCGAUCCGUAAUGUGGUGUACCUGUGGUGUGGAUUAAACGCUCCAUCGGAACAUCGUACGAUCGGGGAAGCCUUCCUGGUGGAGCUCUGCGAACACCUGAAGAAGAACGUCGUGCAGGUGCGCAUCACCGAGGGCAUGGAACCGCCACAUUUCCUGCAGAUCUUCAAAGGAGGGUUGAUCGUGUUGAACGCGCAAGAUCCCAGCCUCGAGCAGGGUGGUGGUGUGGUGAAUAUCCGCAAGUACCCGACCAGCUUCGUGCUGAAGGUCGUCGGUAACACGACGUACAGCUGCAAGGCGGUGCAGGUGUCAAGCAAGACGCUGUACUACCCGGAGGAUUGCUACAUCCUGAAGGCGCCCGAUAACGAGGUGUGGAUUUGGUGCGGACAGUACUCAACGGGGGAUUCGCGCGAGAUGGCUAAAUCGAUCGCGGGUCAGCUUGGGGAGUACAACCUAGUGAUGGAGGGCAAUGAGACGGACGAGUUCUUCAACUCGGUUGGGGAGAAGUUUUUGAAGCAGCUCAAAAAAACGACCACAGCGGGGAACAUCAUCGCACCGAUCGUGCAGAUGAACGUGUCGCACACGUGGGACGCAUCCGUGAUCGGUCUUUAUCGGUGUCAGCUUCUUGACGAGGGUAGACCAACGUUACGGCAGAUCUUCGGGUUUACCCAGCAAGAUCUGCGACCGGACAGCAUCUUUCUGCUGGAUGCUGGCAACGUGGUGUACGUGUGGAUUGGAGAUCACACGCUGCCGGAAGAACGCACCCAGUGUUGGGAUCUUGCCAAGCAGUUGAUCGCGACGCAUCCAGUGCAACGGGAUACGGCCAUGCCGAUCGCAACCGUUCGUCAAGGCGAAGAGCCCAUCACAUUCGUAGGAUUCUUUGAGGCAUGGGAUAAAAAGUACUACGAGACGUGUGUGUUGUACGAAAAAUUGCGCACGGAAAUCGAGUACCCGAAUGGAGUCGGUGUCGGUGGUGGUCGAGUUCCGGGUGUACCGAUUCCGGUUCCUCGUUCAUCCGUCCGGAGUGACGAUGGUAGCAGUGAUGAUUUCGAUCGGUACCAAAAGUACCCGCUCGAUAUGUUGCGAGGUGAUCCGACGAACCUGCCGGCGAGUGUCAAUCCGACACGGAAGGAAGUCCACCUGACGCACGAUGAUUUUGUGAACGUGUUCAGCAUGACAUACCACGAGUUUGAGGAUCUGCCCAAAUGGAAACAGGUGGAGCUGAAGAAGCAAAAGAAGCUGUUCUAAGGUGCUAGAGGAUG